AUGCUCGUGUCCUUCACGGGUGGAAGAGUCCAAGAAGAGGGGAGCUCCGAAGAUAUAGUUGGGAGGCCUCCCACCGAGGGCAGUGCACCUGUAAGCGUCGUGAUGAUCAGUUCGCUAGUAAUUGUAGUGGGGCUGUGCGGAGUGGCCGUAUCUCAAGAAUUCAAGUUGGUCAAAGUAGUAACAGAGAGGAAGAAGGAAGAGCCUAGGGUAGAGUACCACGAGGAGUCUGAAAGAGGUUAUCCACUGAUAGUCCAGCAGCCGUAUCCGAUCAUCGUCGAGAAGAGGAUACCCUACAACGAGGAUCGGUACGACCGGAAGGAUAGCCCAAGUGUUUAUACUUCAACGAGUGAUGAAUUCGGGUAUAGGCCAGAAGUCGUGAGAUCACCAAUAAUUUUUACAGUCAGCAGCCAGUCUGUUCCCAGCAGAAUUCCAUAUCCUCUGAGGAUACAAAAAGAAAACUGGCCUCUUCCUUGUGUUGGAGAUGAUCCGAAUUGCCUCGAAGAAAAAAUUGACAAUUCUGCCAAACAUCCAAUAAAAAAGAAGAAUAUAUAUAAGUCAGUUGAAAGCGUUAAACAAGAAAAUAUAAAACUAAAUGAAAGGGAUGUUCCUAUCUCUAGCGAUUACGAAAAAAUAGAGGGUUCGGUACAGCACAAGGAAACCUUCCAAACACCAAUACUCAUUGCUAUUGAAAAACCAGGUUACAAAUACGUCAAACAUUUGGUGGGCGCAGGAGUUUUGCCGAAGGCUAGGCAGUUUCACGUAUUGAUACUUGAAGAGGACGAUACUUCAGACAACGCGAGCCAUGAAGGAUUAAACAAUACUGAAAGUGGGCAGGAAAAUGUUUCCAAAAAUCUACCCUCAGAAGAUAUAUUAAGUGACAACAAACAAGAGGAGGAAGCUGAAGAAAACCAACAGAAGCGAGAGGUAACAUUGGAAGAAAACGAUACAGCAGAGGGCGAUAUCAUCUCCCCGUCAACCAAAGGAAAAUUGAAUGAUAAUAAUGAAUCAUCGUGCGAAUAUGAAAUGAAGAAGAUACGAUAUGUCAAAUGAGGCGAUUGCGCAGCUCCUGGAACAACGAUAGACAUAAAAAAGAAAUAAUUAUGACUGAAUAUCCAGUGAUCAGUGAAGUUCAAUAAAGUGUUUUCUAAUAAAUCGAGUGAUCAGCGUAACUAUUUUAGCGGAAACAACUAUUAAUAUAUUCGUAAUAAUUAAAUGUAAGUAAUAAUAACAACUGCUCAAGUUAUAAUAUAUAAGUAAUAAUUCAUGCUAUUUAGCCCAAGUGAACUUACCAGAACUUUAAUUAUUAAUGUUGACUUUAACCUUCAAUUACUAAUUUAACCUGUAUUACUUUUUACGAAUAAUACUCUAUUAGUAAAGUUGUUUGUACCUACUUCGAGAUUCAAAAUAAGC